AUGGUCACCUUCACCCCACCUCCUUCCCAAUCACAUAAAUCUGCUGCUUCCUCUCAGCCUAAGGAGACAGUCUCCGUCAUCGGUAUACCCUCCGUCUCUAUACAGAACGGAAAACUACAAGUCGGAGACUCACGUUCCAGUUCACAUCGCUCAUAUACGCCCAUCAAGACCCUGGGUGACGGUUCUUUUGGAACAGUCUUAUUGUGUGAUUGGCAUGGGACGCUACCGCCCAAUACACCACUCUCUCCUAUGCAAUGCGGUGGCGGCGCUAGACCAGAGUGGGCUGGGAAGCGUCUCGUCGCCGUUAAGAGGAUGAAAAAGAAGUGGGAAGGUGGUUGGGACGAAUGCAAAAGGCUGAAGGAGCUCGAAUCAUUACGCGCAAUACCAUUUCACCCUUGCAUAAUUCCACUCUAUGAUUUUUUUCUCCUUCCCGAUUCCAAGGAGCUCUAUUUCGUCUUCGAGUCCAUGGAAGGGAAUUUAUAUCAUCUGAUAAAGGCGCGAAAAGGCCGUACUCUUGCUGGCGGCCUCGUUGCUUCUAUUUUUCGCCAGAUCGUUUCGGGUUUACACCAUAUUCAUUCUUCGGGUUAUUUCCAUCGCGAUAUGAAGCCCGAGAAUGUUCUCGUUACGACAACGGGUCUCUUCGAAUAUCGUUCACUAUCUCCGGUAGCUCUCCCCAAUCCUCCUACGGAGAAGGAUGUCGUUGCGAUCAUUAAGCUAGCCGAUUUUGGGCUUGCAAGGGAAACACUCAGUCCACCACCAUACACGGAAUACGUCUCCACCCGUUGGUACCGAGCCCCAGAGGUGUUGCUACUCAGUCGAGAUUACUCGAAUCCAGUGGAUAUGUGGGCUCUUGGUACGAUCAUGGCUGAGCUAGUCAACCUUCGACCGUUAUUUCCGGGAUCCGGUCAAAUAGACCAAAUACAUCGCAUAUGCGAGGUUCUCGGGGAUCCUGCAGACCAUGGAACGGAUGUCCGCGGUAGAUCGAUGGGUGGUGGCAAAUGGAGCAGAGGUCUCAAGAUGGCGAAACAAUUUAAUUUCGCUUUUCCAAAGAACUCUCCUCGGGAAUUUUCUUCAUAUUUUGACCGCAGUGUCCCUCGCAAACUCAUUGAUUGUAUAUCGGACUUACUCAAGUAUGAUCCUGAUAAUCGUCUCACGAGUCGACAGUGCCUCGAACAUCCAUACCUUAUUGAGGCUCUACCAGGGAAUGUUCCCCCGAUGCCUCCAGCUCUUCACACACAAACUCUGCCACCUACGCCAUCGAAAUCAGUUUCAAACGGCAUAUAUCACAUCACUCCAUCCGCUUCACCACGCAGCAUCCCUCCAUCACAUUCGCAUAACUCCGUCCCGAAAUCACCCUACCAUCAACCCCCGAGCCUGCACCCGUCUCACAUACCCGAUGCUUCCUCCUCCCAUCGCUCCGCAUUUGUCCCCUCCUUCGUUACGUCGACUAUUCACACACCUACCUCACACAAAACGCCAGAAUAUGUCGUUGAUCCACGCAUACAUUCACAUUCACAUUACUCUUCAGACACCCGUCCCCGCGUCGAGCCAGACCAUCCCAUGCCUGCCCACGAUGCCGCCCAAUCGCCGAGCAUUAAACUCAGCAGCAAGCUACACUUCAGCCUUGGCAAGAAACCUUCUAAAUGGGGUCUUUCUAUGUUUGGGCAUGGAGAGAAAGUCCAUCAGCAGUCGCUGCCUCCCGUCGACGAAGUACCGGGUGCGUGUUCCAAUUCAACGCCGUCGCUCAAGCGCACGCAAUCCACGAGCUCGGAUAGUCCGUCAUUGGCAGAGUUGCAACCUAUUAACGGCUCUUCUCGUAAAAAUGCCAAAGCUAUCAAGAAGGAGGCCGAGCGACAAUUACGCGAAGCGGAAAAGCAGCGCCGCGCAAUGGCAGAACGGACACAGAGGGAGCAGGCUCGUGCGGUCAUGCAGAAGCGCAGCCAGAUGUAUAUGCAAACUACUUCGCGGAACGAGUUGGAGUGGAUGUGGCAAACUCAUGCCAGUUUGCUAAAUUCCAAUCAGCGAGGGACGCCCUACGACGAGCUGGAGAAGAGUAAAGUAUCUGCUUCUGGUCCCAUUCGACAGAAGGAGACCCAAGGAAGUGCGAAGGUGUCAUCACCGACGUUGAAUGCUGCUUCAGGUCGAUAUAUCAACCCUAUUGACGGCACGCUAGCUCCCACCGACCGAUGGGGGUUACGGGAUGAGCGCUUGUCGAAAGUACGACGCAGAGACUAUGAUGAUGAUCACUCCAUCUCUUCCUCGGAUGUUCACAGCAUAAGCCGAAUGUCUGCCAUCUCGUUCGCUACAGUCGAUAGCGACCCUGGCCCGUCUCGGACGCGAAGACCAACGCUGUACGGGAUCAACCGAAUGACGUCCGCUUCCUCACUACGCACGGGUACGACAUCCUUUGAUGAUUUCCCCACUUCCGCUCGGUCAUCAAAUUCCAUCUCUCUGGAUCACCAAUUCAAUGACUUCUGUAUACGUGCCUCUAUUGAUACCACAUCUUCUGCCGCGUCGGGAGCUUCCUCUCCUCCGCCUCUGAAUCUCCUUUCCCUAUCACCAUCACCACGGCCAUGGAUUCGCACCGAUUCUACCAGUCCACAACACUCGUCAUAUAUGGUUCCUCCGAUGAUACGAUAUCCUUCGUCUUCUCACAAGUCAUAUGAAUGCAACGGGCAGUUGUAUGGUCACCCUCCAAGUCCAGGGAUAGAUCCGCAAUCUGUCAUAAAUCCGAUAUUCAAAGUGACUCCAUUACCAACAUCGCCUAGUGAUCAUUUAUCAUCACCACAUUCUCUCCCCCCGUUCUCUCAACUGGAGGCAGUUGCAGAAGGGGAAUACCCUCCAUUGUCACCCAUGUCCUUUCAUUCGCCGGAAGACGACUGA